AUGGGCAUAUAUCUCAGUACUCCUAAAACUGACAAAUUUUCUGAAGAUGGUGAGAAUAAACGAGUUAGAUAUGGUUUAUCUUCUAUGCAAGGUUGGCGUGCAACAAUGGAAGAUGCACAUGCCGUCAUUCCGAAUCUUGAUGACUUCACAUCAUUCUUUGCCGUUUAUGAUGGCCAUGGAGGAAAGGUAGUUGCAAAGUUCUGUGCUAAAUUCCUGCACACCCAAGUGCUUAAGAACGACGCUGCUUCUCCUGGAGAUUUAGGGGCCGCUGUUCGGAAAGCUUUCUUGAGAAUGGAUGAGAUGAUGAGAGGACAGAGGGGAUGGAGAGAAUUAGCUGGAGUUGGGGAUAAGAUGCAUAAGUUUACUGGUAUGAUCGAAGGUCUUAUAUGGUCUCCAAGAGGCGGUGAUUCUAAGGGCCAUGAAGAUGACUGGGCUUUUGAAGAGGGCCCUCACUCUGAUUUUUCUGGGCCAACAUCGGGAAGCACAGCUUGUGUAGCUAUUAUGCGAAAAAACCAACUUCUUGUUGCAAAUGCCGGUGAUUCUCGCUGUGUUAUUUCAAGGAAGGGUCAUGCUUAUAAUCUGUCAAGGGAUCACAAACCAGUGCUAGAGAUUGAGAGAGAGAGAAUUUUAAAAGCAGGAGGUUUUAUUCAUGCAGGACGAGUCAAUGGAACUUUAAACCUUGCAAGGGCAAUCGGUGAUAUGGAGUUCAAGCAAAACAAGUUUUUACCCGCUGAAAAGCAGAUUGUAACAGCUAAUCCAGACAUCACUGUUGUGGACCUUUGCGAGGAUGACGAUUUUUUUGUUUUAGCUUGUGAUGGAGUUUGGGACUGCAUGUCAAGUCAGCAACUGGUUGAUUUCAUCAAUGAACAUAUAAGCACUGAGAAUAGCCUCUCUGCCGUGUGCGAAAAAGUACUUGACCGGUGUUUGGCUCCAUCAACGGCCGGAGAAGGCUGUGACAAUAUGACUAUGAUCCUGGUUCAAUUGAAAAAGCCCAUCAAUUCAAAUGUUGCCGAGGCUGAACAAUCAUCUCAAGUUAGGCCAGAGAUUGAGACAAAUUCAGAAGCUUGAUCAAUCUAGACUCUAUUGAACUACAGACAGGAAAAUUCAAGAUUCGUAGAAAAUUUCUGAGCUCUCGUUAGAAACUUCCAAUCAACCAUCAAUGGUGCUUCACGUUUUUGGAGCUGUCCCUAACCUGCCAAGUUUUUUGGCCUCCUUCCUAAAAGAGAAAGAAAAAUGGUCCAAUAUCCUUAUUUUUUCAAUAAUUGAAAAUUGCUUUAAUCGAUAGAUUGUUACGUUUAGGGUUUAGUAGUUAACUUUUGUUGGACAAAUUAUUCUGUGCUGAGUUUGGACAGGAAAAAUAAUUCAGACAUGUGAGUGUACAUACACUGUAAAUAGUGUGUGUACACAUAUGUGAUAGACAAUGUAUACACUAUGUACAUAAUGUAUGUACAUUUGCUGUCCGGACGAUUCUUCCCGUCCAAAUUUCACAUAGAAUAAUUUAUUCCUUUGUUGACACCUGUUGACCCGCACACUAGAUAUUUGUUGACCAAUGUGAUAUCCAAAAUUAACUAAUGUCACUUAACAUCAAUGUCAAACUACAAUUUUAAACGUCUGAUUGUCGAUGUUUGUCGAUGUCCAACUUUUGAAGUCUUAUAUUAUCCUUCGCUGACUCUCAUUGGAUCACUA